GAGAGACGCAGUCCGACCUCCAGGCUAUGCGGGAGCGGUCGGCGCAGGAGAACUCGGGGGUCGGCUCCGUCACCUUGAAAUCGGCCAUCAAGAAGGAUGCGAGCAAGAAGAAGCUCCGAUUCGAUAUCGAAGGUGGCGAGGAUGCGCAGCAGCAUGUCAUGGAAAUCCUGCCGCCGGUCA